GAAAAGGCUGCCGCUGAAGCUGCUACAAAAGCCGAAGUGUCUCCUCAAUACGAUGGCGAUAUUUUCAUGAAAACAGAAUCAACCGGAACUUUUCAAACUGAAAUGUCAGAACAAAUCGUAGAAGAGGAUGCAGCUUCAGAAGUUUCAACAAUCGCUACUCCAAUUGACACACCAACGGGUCCACCUUCACCCAGUAACAAUUUUCCAAUGCCAUUAAAUCUUAAUAGUAUUCAUAAAACAUUCAAGAAUCCACAUUAUAAAACAGCCAAGAAAUUUAAAAAUGUUAAGCAAAUGCUGGCUGCUGAAAGGAAUAAUAAAGUUCCAUUGGAUAUACCAACUUAUUCAAACAUAGAAGCACCACCCUCAAUAAUACCACAAAAGAAGUAUUGCGAUAUUACAGGAUUAGAGGGAAAAUAUACAGAUCCGAAAACUCGUCUUCGAUAUCACUCCGCCGAAGUAUAUAAAGAGAUAAAGCAAUUGGCACCAGGCGUUGUUCAAGAUUAUCUUGGGUUGAGACACGCUGCAGUUAUAGAUCUUAAGGCUGAACUUUUCAAACAGAAAGAAGAAUUUCAAAAACAAAAAGCGUCAGUAAAUAAUCAACCCGGUUCUGCAGCUCUAAGAAGGGUCGUAAAGAAAUCAGGACUAUGGGAACGUCAAAAUAGAGGAGUGAGCGAAAGAUCUCAGAAAGAUGAAUUAGAAAUCGUUGAAGCACCGACACUGGAAGCCAGUCGAAUAGUAAUGGAAAGGAAAGCUAAAUUAUACGAUCAAUUGAAAAAGACUGGCAUUAGUGGAGAAGCUGAAGAUAUAUCAGCAAUGGAACAAGAGCGGCUACGAUGGGAAGAAGCGGCUUUAGAAGAAUUGAGAAAACAAAUGCGUGCAUUAAAAGAGAUGAGACUUGAGACCGAAACGAAACGAUCUAGUCAUCAAAGCAUUAAAGAAAAACGAAAAGCACAAUUGGAUGCAAGAAUGGCAAUGAUUCGUGCAAAAAGACAAAAAAAUACAUCC